UUUUGUACGUUCCACAUACUGAUCUGAGGAUCAGCUGGACGCAGCAAUAAACAGGAGGCCAAACGAUCGGAGAGGUUCUAAAAGCUGCAGAUGUUAUGAUCUGAAACAUCGGUGUAAUAUUUUUACACGAAAGCCCUUCUUCUGAGAAGAAAGCCUUUUAUUUUUAUACGAUGGUGUUUUAACUACCUCGCUUAAAGGCUAUUUAAAGCUAUGCUUUAAGAAUUGUCGUUCCUACAGUGUGUGUGUGAUCUCGUUUACAACUUUAAUAUUGCAAAGGCAGGCCUUUGCCUCAAACCAAGUGAAACCUUACAUUUGCACUACUGAAGCCCACCCUCCCCUUGUCCAAACUAAAAUACCGCAAAGGGCUCAGAUUGAAAGCAAAGUCAAUAAUAACAACAUACAGCGACAAGACCUACCUUAAAAAUCAGUACCAUUCAAAGGCAGCUACAGUUUCUUUCUCUCUUUUUUUUUGUGAAUCAAAUUUAAAAAACGUAAGGCUAAGCCAUCAUGUUUCAACGUCUGAGCAACUUGCUUUUUGGGCAAGUAGAAGAAGUGGCGGCUGAGCUGAAGGGACCGAAUCCCUGUGUGACAGAGGCAGACGAAGAAGGAUGGAUGCUUGUCAACCUGUCUGACAAAUCUAGCUGCGUGAUGCAGACUGACAAUGAGACACAGGCCCAACUUCUUACCGAACAUCCAUUUCCAGACCAUAACCAAUCAAACCUUGAAGAAAAUCAUACGCGGACCCAAUGCCAAACUUCUAUUCCCCGCCCACCAAACAAGCGACAGAGGACACGUAGUGGCUGCACCCAAGAGGCAAUAUUAUUGCUGGACCCCGCAGCUAGUCCAAACCCAUCAAACACUUGUGUCACUACAUUGUUGAGACGGGCCAGACUGUCCGCAACCUCCUCCACCAAUUCGACGUCCCCUGCUGCGAGCGAGUGUGGGGGCAGCGGGGACAGCAGUAGGGCAGUCUCAGAGAGAGGCUGCAUGGAUGAGAGCUGGUUUGUCACCCCUCCCCCCUGUUUCACUGCAGAAGGAGCAACGGCAGAAGCCAGCCCGAUGGAGGACCUGCUCAUCGAGCACCCCAGCAUGUCUGUGUAUGUCUCCCCAAGCAACCUGUCCAUGGUCUCCAACAGCAACCUCUCCGUGGUGGGCGAAGAAAGCGUUGUGAGCAUGACGAGUAGCGUGAGAGUGGCUGAACCAGUUGCUGCUCCAGCCACUCACACCCCUGGGCCAUUCAGGGGGAGUUUUGGGCCGCAUGUCCAGCCCAAGGUUGCCCAAGUGACCAGAGUCCAGCGUAACAAAGCUCGCAUCGAGAGGCGCCAACUGAGCCGUAACCGCAUCCAACGCCAAAACCGCAUCAGGGAGCAGAUUCCUCGCCACGCAAGUCACGCUCGAAACACCUUCCUGCACCAACCAAGCAAGCGUAACUUCUGCCACUAGACCCCAAAAAAACGGGAGGCAUUAUUUACUCUUGAGGGCAUUACAAGAGCAGAGUCAGCUGUACUUUACAAGAGCAUAGUCAGCUGUACGCACAUUCAGUUCAUUCAAGCAACUGCGUUAUUUUUGGCAAAUUCUGGCUCAUUGAAUUUUUAGUAUAGAUGAAUUGGAUUUUUAUUAUUCUGCUCCUAAGCCCUCAGAGUAAAUCUGAAUAGAACGUUAUACUUUUCUGUGGUGUCCAAACAACAACAAAAAUAAAAAAAAUAGCUCUAUUAAUUUUCUCUUCUUUAGUAAAAUAUCUCUUUCCCAAGCUGUGUUUUAUUGAACCUGAACCAAAUCCCAAUCCUGACAUAAAUUAGAAUACACUGAUAAACUUUAUGACAAUAAUUUUACGUUACUAAGUAAUCCUCUUUGACAGAACAGAAAAGAAAAUUGUUGGAACUUUGUGGAGCUGCGACAUGGCUUAGUUUUAUUUGCGGAGAAAGCGGCUCAUCAUUUCGUCACAGAUUUAGGUUUGGUUAAUAUAGCGACAUGAAACUUUUUUUUGUCCAGAUAAAAUUAAAUGGAAGGACAAGCACAGUAACCGAUUGCAUUUAUUUGCACUGGGGCAAACAAUUGCAUCAUUGGGACAAAGAUUGUCUGAUUCCUCUUGUUUCACUUUUAGGGAUGAGCGGAAGUAGAUGAUGGUGUUAGGAUGAGAGCAAAACAGACUAAAGAGAAAAUGAAAUGAUGCAGUCACUUUAAAGCAAUGUCUGUGAUUCAGAACAGCUUGAUGGAAAGUGUUAAGUGACCAACCGAUGCAGGCAUUGUUUUCUAACAUCAGUCAUUAAAAAGCAUUCAGAAUUUCAUUUUAUACGUUCAAUAAUGGCAAGCUAUAUUUUGAAAGUAAAAAUAUCUAAAGGUUCAAGAGAAAAAGUUAGAAACAGGCCUUGCAUUCGGGUCACAUGAUAUGACAGGAUAAAGUAAGUGCAUAGAGCGGUAUUGAUGGUAUAGCUCUUUAAUUUGUUUUGUUGAGUUUUCUUUUCUUUUUUUAGUCUCUGCACAGUUCCACCAAUAUCAAAUCUGUUCAUAAAGAGAAGGUCAAUAUAUUAAAAGUUCCCAGUUGCAAAUUGCGCACCGCAUAAUAACGAGCAUUAAAUUGUGCAAUCUGCCAAUUGAAGCAAUGUGCCCAGCGCUCACCAGCCACAGUGUGUGCUGUGAUUCUCCCCAUUUACAAAAUGAAAAAAAUGGAAGGAUGAUAGUUUUAUAGAUCAGCCCCUUUCUUAAAAAACAAAAACAAAAACCCUGAAGGAGUUUUUUUAAGAUGAGAUGUUCCAUCACAUCUUUUGAGCAUCAACACCCACUGUUUGUUCCUGUAUGCACACCAAACUCUUAACAUUGUCCAGUUAGAGGUUCAGCUUAAUGAUAUGUAUCAAACAAAAAUGGUAAACAAUGGUGCUGAAGAGUAAACUAAUGUUUGUAUAUUAUUGGAGACAUGGAUGUACGUUUGCACUGUCUUACAUUUUGUGAGUUGAAAGUUGUAGCAGUGUGCUGUGUGCUUGUGGUUUUUUUUUGGUGUUUGUUAUUUUUUUGGUCCAAAUCAGUCAUUUUGAUAGUCCUUUAUUAUUCCUGUAAAUAUUCUAAAAGCAGAUUUACAGACUCCGUUAGAUGUAACAGCCUCUCAAGACCUGAGUCCACACUUAUGAUUUCAGUGGAACUCCAGUGAAUCCUCUCUCUGCCUCGUUUCAGUGCUCCUUAUCAAAAUGGAGAGGGAUUCUCAAUUUGCCAAAAUGGCAUUUUUGUGAGGAGCACAUUGAAAAAUCUCGCCAGGCUCAGAGUCGAUGUGCCGUCGGCUUACAAUACCUCCGAUGGCAUCCGUCCACGUGGACUCUCAAGAACAUUGACAAGGGUGAAAUAGAAUCUUUACUGCUGUGUUCAAAAGAAAUUGCGGCGAACGGGUGAUGCUUCCUCGAUGGAAUGAUGAAUGAGUGUUUUUUUUUCCAUCCAUCCAUGUAAUUUACUUUUUUUUUGUUUUGAGUUACAAACCAAAAUUGUUGUUCCCUAAAUAAUCACAAAUGUCCAUGUUUUAUUAAAAUAUCAAUUAAUUUA